GAAUGAACCAUAAAAGUAAGAAGAGGAUCAAAGAGGCGAAGCGGAGCGCCAGACCUGAGCUGAAGGACUCUUCAGACUGGACGAAACAUGACUAUUGCAAGAGUUUCGAUGUGUCACACCGCUCAGUGAAGGACAAUGUUGAGCGUGUGGACACCCUGCGUCUCAGCGCAGAGGAGUUCAUCCAGCGCUUCGAGAGGCCCUACAAACCUGUGGUGCUGCUCAACUGUCAGGACACCUGGCCAGCCCGCGAGAAGUGGACCAUGGAGCGCCUCAAACGUAAGUACCGCAACCAGAAGUUCAAGUGUGGUGAGGACAACGACGGUUACUCUGUGAAGAUGAAGAUGAAGUACUACGUGGAGUACCUGGAGUCCACACAGGACGACAGCCCACUCUACAUCUUCGACAGCAGCUACGGCGAGCACGCCAAGCGCCGUAAGCUGCUGGAGGACUACCAGGUGCCAGUCUACUUUAGGGACGACCUCUUCCAGUUCGCCGAGAAGCGCAGGCCUCCUUACAGAUGGUUUGUAAUGGGUCCUGCCCGCUCUGGCACUGGCAUCCACAUUGACCCGCUGGGUACGAGUGCCUGGAAUGCCCUGGUGCAGGGGCACAAGCGCUGGUGCUUGUUCCCCACCCACACGCCCCGGGAGCUGAUCAAGGUGACCCGGGAGGACGGGGGCAACCAGCAGGAUGAGGCCAUCACCUGGUUCAGCGUGGUGUACCCACGCACCCAGCAGCCAACCUGGCCCGCUGAGUUCAGACCCCUGGAGAUCCUGCAGGGACCAGGGGAGACUGUGUUUGUCCCUGGUCAGUGGGCUACUGCUGCCAUUUUAUAGACAUGUCUGGUCUAUCUUUCACUUUGAAUACUCUUUGACUGGAGAGAGAGAAGUUGUUUUUGUCUUUCUUCAGCGAUUUUGAAUAAUUUGUCAAGAUCUGAAAAGGACAGGGGUCCUCAGUUUGUUAGGAAAUAUAUUAUGUAAAAGUAGGGCAGAAC